UGUGACAAUAAUUUAUCGCUCUGCUUCGAUAAUUACGAGUUAUGAUUGACAUAGAUCUAUGGUUGACAUUUUAAUAAUAAACUUAAUUCAUAAUAAAUUAUAAUUAGUUAUCAUGAAGGAAAAGUUUGAUGCAGCAACCUUGAUUGCUGAAGUUCGUCGUCGGCCAAUUUUAUGGCAAAGCAACAACAAAUGUUUCAAAAAUAAAACAGUCACCGAUAUUCUUUGGGAAGAAGUAGGAAAAGAAUGCAGUUGUCCAGGUGCAGUAGCGAAACAAAAAUGGAAAAAUUUGAAAGACAAUUAUCGAAGAAAACUCCGAAGGCAAUCGUGUUACAUGAUUAAAUGGUCUUAUUUCCCAUUGAUGGAUUUUAUAAAGGAUUAUAUAGCUCCAGCUCAAAAUAAAAAGUGUUUACCUGGAAACGUUGUUAAAGAUGAGCCGGAAGAUUUUAUUGAUGCAAACGAAUUAAUUGCUUCCUUUCCAAAUGGUUAUUUAGAUAAUUGUGCAGAUAAUUUUUCAGAUGUACCCGUUGUAACUUCUUCAAAUGAUUCCACAAGGAAUUAUAAAAAACGACGUGUUGAUGUAAAUGAAGAGUAUGUACAACUUGAAGAACCUGGGUUGAAACUGUUAGAGAAAGAAUUGAGUAAAGAAAAUGAAGAAUCGUUUGAUUUUUAUUUUUUCAAGAGCUUACUUCCGUUUAUGGAAAAAUUAUCUCCUCUAGAGAAGUUGGAAGUGCGAGGAGAAAUACAGAAUAUAAUUGUAAAAAAACUACAAACUGUGAAUAGUCACUGAACAGUCAAAUAAAAUGUUGGUUUAAUAUUA